CCUGCUGGCUCCCGUCUCGCGUCUCUUUGCCUGCGACUCUCUCUCUCGCUCUCUCUCUCGGAGUGCUUGGCUUUGCGCGCGAGGAGCAAGAAGCGGAAAAGAAAGCUAAUCCUGAAAUCCUCCAACUCGGAUCGAUUCUGUCGCAUUCGGGCGAGUUUUCGAGCCUCGAGGGCCAUAGAGGACGAGGAGCAGCAGCAGCAGCGGCAGGAGCAGUGGCAAGACGAAGGGAGCACGUAGCCAAGCCGACCCGACUGGACGUCUUUCUCGUCUCGUCGUUCUUUCGCUCGCUCGCUCGCUCGUUCUGUCUUUCGUUCGUUCGUGCCUCGUUCUUCCUUCAAUCCUGCCGCUCACUCAUCAGACGACGAGACUGCCUACAGGGCAACGCCACAGGAUUCCAUCGUUGCUGGGCUCGAGUUCGCCGAUCUAGUUGCCGCCGACUUCAGGCGAGGCAGGAUGGCUUCUUCUCCAGCUAAAGCAGAUGAGACUAAGGCUGCUGCCACAGAGGAGCAGAAGGCUCCUGCCCCUGCCCAAGCAUCAGGAGCAGACGCAUCCGCUUCUCCCAGUGAGGAGGAAGUCGCAGGAUUGCCGAACGCUUUCGAUUUUUCAGCAAUGACCGGCCUUCUGAAUGACCCUAGUAUUAAGGAGAUGGCAGAGCAAAUCGCCAAGGAUCCUGCAUUUAACCAAAUGGCGCAGCAGCUACAGCAAAGCGUACAAAAUGUUGGGCAAGAUGGAGUCCCACACCUCGAUACAAAUCAAUACAUCAGCGCCAUGCAACAAGUUAUGCAGAACCCUCAGUUCAUGACAAUGGCAGAACGUCUUGGGAAUGCUCUCAUGCAGGAUCCAGCAAUGUCAGGCAUGUUACAGAAUCUUACCAAUCCCGCUCACAAAGAGCAGUUAGAAGCUAGAAUGGCCCAAGUUCGAGAAGAUCCUGCUCUUAAGCCAGUGUUGGAAGAGAUCGAGACAGGAGGACCUGCAGCUAUGAUGAAGUACUGGAAUGAUCCCGUAGUGCUAAGUAGGUUGGGCCGAGCCAUAGGAGUUGGAGUACCCGGUGAGGAUCGAGGAAUCCCAGUAGCCGGCGAUUCAGCUGGAGAAGAAGAAGGAGAAGAGGAAGAAGAGGAGGAUCUGACUGUCCAUUUCACCGCUAGCACAGGAGAUACUGAGGGCCUUAAAACCCUUCUCCAAGAUGGCGCCGACAAGGAUGAGAAGGACCCAGAAGGCCGUACUGCGUUACAUUUCGCCUGUGGAUACGGAGAGGUCAAGUGUGCUGAGGUGCUAUUGGAAGCUGGAGCUGCUGUGGAUGCUCUUGACAAGAACAACAAUACUGCCCUUCAUUACGCUGCUGGUUACGGAAGGAAGGAGUGUGUUGAGAUCUUGCUCAAAAACGGAGCCGCUGUAACUUUAAGAAAUCUUGACGGUAAGACGCCCAUUGACGUAGCAAAGCUUAACAACCAGUCGGAAGUUUUGAAGCUCUUGGAGAAAGAUGUCUUCCUGUAGAUUAUCGAAUUUUACUUUGAUGAACGAAAGUGUUGAGGAACUUGGACCCCACGUUAUCUACCACACGACGCUUCAAUUCAACGGCCAUGUAUCUGGUUUUUACAUCUGAGUUCUUUCGAGAUUCUUCACACUACGAAAAUGUUCACCGUGUUGGACCUUGGCUUUCGCUUGACUUUGGCACUGACGGCAGGAUGUUAGCGCACAGCUUCAAAUAAUGUGAUUGCUGGACAGUGUGUAGAUGGGAGUGAGGACAACGAUAGUAAUGUUUGGUGAUAGCUUCACUUUCUGUGUCAUGGAAACGUUUCCACGAAACACGAGAUUUGUUCAUUUAGUUCUGUAUGUCCCAUUUUGACAUCUUAUGGCUUUAGAAGCGCGGUGGAAUUAACUUUUACGGGCGCGCGUAUGGGUCUGUAUCUCAUUGAUCUACUAAAGAUAAAUUGUAGUUGUUGAGUUUUUCUUUUUUGAAUGUAAAGGCCGAAUCUCCUCGAAGAUCUCUACCGAUUCGUCAUUUCUUGUCGUCUGCCCCCUGCGUUGAAGUUCCU